AUGAGACGACUCGAUAUAUUCUUACUUCUCUUCGCAACGUCGGCCUGGGCAGCGGAGCUACUAGUUUUCAACGAUUCAACAGGCCUCCCCGAAUGCGCCUCCCAAUGUUCAACCCUCACUACUGCGGAAGCCGAAUGUGCCACAGCUACGGGGUCAGAACAACUAAAAUGCUUCUGUGGUAUUAGCUCGCUACUUUGGAAUCAUCAACACUGGGAUGGAUGCAAUGAUGCUUGUGCGGAUGGUGCGGACAGGGAGAGGAUUGAUGAUUGGAUGGAAGAGAUGUGCGGAGGUGAUGAUAUUGAAGAGGAGUGGGUGGACAAUGGGACCAUUACGGACCCGCACUCAAUCAUAGGCGAUAUCAGUCCAAGCGAUAUUGAAAUUGACUCUGCGGAGAAAGCUGCUGCUCAUGACUCUAGAGUUCGACAAUGGUGGCGCCGAAACUACCCGUUCUUCAUCCUUGCCUUUCUCAUGAUCACCAUUCCGAUCCUCUGCUACGGUAUAGCGAUCCCAAUGAGGAGAUGGGCCAAACGCCAAUUAAACCCUCGACCGGAUGAUAACAUGGAGGAUAUUACACCCUACAAGUCUAUAUUUGCCUCAACAGGUUCUAGACAUAGUCAGGCGCCCUUUAUAACUACAACCAUAAACGGAGAACAUAUAAUCACUAUCCCUCAGGAGCAAGUUCUAGUUGCAGAACCUCCUCCGAGUACGGCCGAUAUCGAAGCCAGCGUUCGACAAGACAGCUGGGAAGCAAGAGUGAGGGACCAAUUCGAGACGAAUAAUUCUAAAUCUCUGAAGGAAAGAUUGAUGUUUUGGAAAAAAUAA